AUGACGGAUCUCAAUCCUCGAUCCGCUCUACAAAUCCAGCCUGAAAGGGGAAUCGGCUGGAUAGUUCUCGGAUCGUCCCUUCACAGCGUCCUUACGAGGUUGAAGGCAUCCCCACAGACUUAUCGUAACCUUGAACUGUCGUACUCUGCUUCUGAACCCAUCGCCAAACCAGUCAUUCUCAGCCUUCCACACAAUGGACUGAGACUUCGUUUCGAUGGUUUGGACCAACGGCUGCGACUGAUCGAAGUCCUGGAUUUCUCGCUCAGUUCUUUUGCCUACAAGAACACUGAAUUGGUCCGCCGGAACAAGAGCUCAGACGAAGGUCACCAAGAUGAAACGGGGCCGGGUGGACCCUCAUUUAGGCAUGUCUACAAUCGACUCUUCGGCCCUACGUACGCUGGCGAAUACAUUGGCCCCGAAGCAGGACAGUCGACGGGUACCUAUGUUCUGUCAUAUCCUGGACUUGCAUUUACAUUCCCCAUCAAACACAAAUCGUGGUCUGACAAGGUCGAUUUCGUCUCGAUCCUGUCCUCGACGGCGACGGGCCCAGCCACGUCGAUGGCUAUCUUUCUGGGGUCGUCAUGGACAGAAGCGCGGCAGAACUUGUACACAAGACCUCCAAUCUACCCCCGGCUUCCAGCAUUAGGGGGAAAGGCCUCGGAGACCAUCCCAGACGAAAUUGAGGAGGUACGAGUGUUUGGAGGUGGUAGACUCGAGAUGGUGAGGAGAAGCUCGCCACCUUUAAGCAUUACCUUAAGCGAGACUACACCUCAAGAUCUGGUGGCCGAGCUAGGCCCGCCUGAUGCCAUCUACCGCAAGCAUGACCGACGGAUCUCCAUUCAUGCUUCCGGCAACCCGGCGAAUCGCCGUGUCCCCAGCAUGUCCCCAGGUCUCGACCCUCAAGCCUUGGACACCGACCAAUCAUCGAUACAAAGCUACACCGAAGACUCAGACAUUGAACAAGAGCGUGAGAGUAACAUGGCUCUUGAAUCCAUCGACGAGUGCUUCUUCAACUACUUCCAUCAUGGUUUUGAUGUUCUCAUCUCUUCCUCUGCGGUAAGAUCACCCACAUUUCCAGGCACCUCGACAUAUGAGCCUUCCACAUCGUCGGGGGCUCAACUGGUUGCGACGAAGAUAUUCUUGCACGCCAACAUCCCCGGGUCCUUCUCGUUCAAUCGACACCGCAGAAGUCGGUGGGUGAUCCGCACCGGCGACGACACCUUGACCUCGGAGAUGCCAUUUUCCGAGAUCUCGUCUUCGCUGAAAAAGGUGUGGCAUGGUACCUACAAGGACGAGCAUGAGGAGAAACAGAUGCAACGGGGCAUGGUGCUCAACAGGGGGUGGGCGGAGAGUCCUGAGAGUUCGAUAGAACUGUUGGGUGAUUUGGAGGAGGACAGUCCAACGCGGGACAAGGCAGAGGAUCAUGGGUCAGCCGAGGCCAUCAAUGGGAUGAGCAAUACGGAGUUGUUUGGGUUUCCGGGGAUGUUGUUUGAAGUGCUCAAGAACGACAUGGUUAGUUGUUUGACGGUGUUUUAG